AAAAAAUUGUUGGUGCCACAUGAGCAUUUUUCAUUGAUGGGUGGUACCAAAAGGUAGAUAAGGAAGCAAGCAAACAUCCGGUCCAGGAAGUACAGGUCGUUGUUGCAAGAAGGCAGAAGAGCUGCUUGCUGCUUAAGUGAGAGGUGAGUGAAGGGCUGUCUGGGGAGUGGAUGUUUAAUAGCUGCUGUGCCCUCCCCCCCUCCCUACACACAGUCUCCCCUCCUUGUCAGAGGGAGGUGGCAGAGGUGCCACUUACCCACCUAAGAAAGCAGGGAAGCAAGUGCUAGUUGCAAGGAGCGGCAAUCAACUGUGAUUCCUACAUUGCAAGGGGUUGGGCUAGACACCCUCAGGGUCACUUCCAAUUCUACAAUUGUAUGAUGUUGGAAACGGGCCAUUGGAUGCAAUUCUCACGGCUGCAUCACUCGAGACAGCACAAGUGGAACGUCCUAGCUGCAGCACCGCCCAGGAAGACAGAGAGAAGAGGGAAACGAGAGGGUCAAGAGGAGCAAAUAGGCAUGGAGGCUGUGGUGGCCGCACACAUAGGAAGAUACCCAGACCAUUACUCUGUAUGGUCCACACCAGGGUGGGGAACCUGUGGCCUUCACGACGUUGCAUGAUCCCUGAACACUGGCCAUGGUGGCUGGGGCUAAUGGGAAUUAUAGUUCAGCAACAUCGGGUGGGCCACCGGUUCUCCACCGGGAGAUGCAACUGAGUGCCCUUCUGCACUUGGGGCAACUGCUCCGAGAGCUGCGGCUCGUCUCAAACUCCCUCCUCUGUCCGUUUGCCAUGCGGGAGCCUUGGCCGUAGCACCGUCCGAAGGGGAUCCUAACCGCUGUCGACCGGGAGGCAGCGAGUCGAGGCGGCCCUGGGCAGGCGAGCAGCGGCGAGGUUGCAAAGAGCUGCUUGCCCGCUGGCCCGAGCUCUCGCUCCCUGGGUGACCCCGUGCUUGGGAUCGGGGAAGGCGCAUCAAAGGCACGUUGGCCCGCGCAGAAGGUGCUACCGACUUCGCUCGGGUGUUUCCCGAUCUUGCGACAGGCGCCAUCGCGACACGUCAGCUGCCUCGGCAAAUCCGGAGCGCUCGGCUCCUUUAAGCCGGGGCCGGCCCCUCGCAGGCGGAGCCGAGCUCGGGGACUGGUGGGCUCCAGCAGAGAGGAAGUGAGCGAACCGGCGUCCCCUUCCCGGCUCCGGAGGUGAGCGCAACCUUUGCCUAGUAAGGCCGGAGCCCUGCGCGGACCUGGCUCGCGUUCGCCGAGCCAAACACGUUUCUUGGAGGCGUGUCCCAUUGAUCGAUUGCAAUGGGUCCUCCUUGCAAGUAAAGUACGCUUAAGACGGCUGGCUGCCUGCCUUGCCUUUUCUUGCCGGCGCCGCCAGAUCCUUUCAGCGAUCCCCGAGAUUGCACCGCGGCUUGCUGCUCUGGGCGCGGGGAUCUUGUCCAUGAACCUGCAGGCGCUGCCUUUUGCUGGCUGCGGGGCCGUCGGGGCGCGAGUGGCCGCGGGCACCUCCUCCUCGUUCCUCCCUUGUGCUUCUUCCCCUGCUUCUUUUCCGCCAUGAACAGGGUGCAGCUGAAGCGCUCGGCGAUCCUCAAGAUGGCCCUCAGCGGAUCCUCGGACCCGCUGCUCCAGCAGCAGCACCUGGAAGGGGAGGACGGCGGCGGCGGCAAGCAGCCUCCGUUCGUAAUCCGGGCGCUGCGCAUCGCCACGGUGGUCUCCCUCUACUGGUUCAUCUCCAUCACCAUGGUGUUCCUCAACAAGUACCUGCUGGGCAGCCCUUCGCUGCGCUUCGAAGCGCCGCUCUUCGUCACCUUCUACCAGUGCCUUGUCACCGUCCUCAUCUGCAAGGUCCUGAGCCUCGUGGCCUCCUGCUGCCCGGCCGGCGUCGUGGACUUCCCCUCCAUCCGCAUGGACCUCAAGGUGUCCCGCAGCGUCCUGCCCCUCUCCGUGGUCUUCAUCGGCAUGAUCACCUUCAACAACCUGUGCCUCAAGUUCGUCGACGUGGCCUUCUACAACGUGGGGCGCUCCCUCACCACCGUCUUCAAUGUGCUUCUCUCCUACCUGCUCCUGAAGCAGACCACUUCUCUGUACGCCCUGCUGGCCUGCGGGGUCAUCAUAGGUGAGUAGGGUCUAGUGCAGGGGUCUGCAACCUUUAAGACAAAAAGAGCCACUUGGACCCGUUUCCGAAGAAAAAAAAAACGGGGAGCCGCAAAACCAUUGCGACAUUUAAAACAAAUAUAUCUCCGGAGCCACGAUCUGCUAGCGGGCGGGAAGGUGACGUCGGGACGGUGCGUGACUAAUGCACGCACUGCCCCCAUGCGACGUCACAGCCAGUACAGCGCCCGCCACAGUGGGGAGUGUCGGGGCGCACAAUGCGCCUCCUCCCCUCACUAGUAUCCGCCCCGGCAAAGGUGUAAAAGAGCCACAUGCGGCUCCGGAGCCGCGGGUUGCAGACCCCUGGUCUAGUGGUAUGGCAGAGAAGCACCUUGGGGUGGUAUGUUCUAGUAAGGUAGAAUUUGCAAAUGGAGAAGUGGGGGAAAUGGAACAAUUUUGGAGUGGGGGGAACUGGUUUCCUCCCCACCCCCAAAGUGGAAGAAACCCCAGGGUUUCCCCCAUUUUUUCCCAAACCAGAAGGGAAAAAAUGGGUUCAUGUUCCUAACUUCUCCCAUUCCUGCCCCGCCCCCAGAGCCUUUACUUCUCUACAAAUAAUUGUGUCCAGUGCCUCUUGAGCCUAUGCACUCUCACUUAGAAGCCCCCUUGAAUCCCACUGGGAUUUAAUCCAAGAAAACAGGCCUAGAAUUGCAGCCUUAGGGCAAGGAUAGACAGAAGAAUAUGGAUGAUUUGCAGUAUGGUUUCUAACUUUCAGUUGUUUAUCAAUAGCAACUGAGGCCUGCCUUGGACGUUUUGCUGCCUGAAAGACAAUAUGAGCCCCCUCCCCCCCUUCUCGGUCAGACCACAUGCAGAAGUUUAAUGGACUGGUAGUUGAAUCUCGUUUCAAUACUGGGAUAGCAUUCUCCACCACUCAUCUCAGCAGCAGUCUAGUGUGGGGCUGCAGAGCAGGUGGUGUGGUGUGCACAGAGCAGGUGGUGUGGUGUCCUCUAUAACACACACAGAGAGAAAAUUGUUUAAUACCUUUAGGACUAACUUUUUUGGAGCUUUUUUUUGUUUUUGUUUAAAAAUAAAGCUUUCAUAAGUGACAAUCUAAUUUUUCAGGUUCUGUCUUAGAACCGGGGAAGGUAAGGCAGAAAAGUCUGCUGAAAGUUGACCAGAAGGAAAUAUUCUGUAGUUCUUAAAGGAACAGUAAUGAAGAUCAAUUCUUCAUGGUGUGCAAAGGAACCAUAGCCUUUGUUAAGACUGUGAAGUUUCCGAAUGAACUCCUGUUCGUCCCUGUUGCAUUCCAUGAUCACUCAUGGAUCCCUUAGUGCUUUGUUCUUUAUCUGAUUUGUUACUGUGCCUAAAAAGGAUAGGCCCUUUUGUACGAUGCAAACUGCUGUUGGACAAUGUGACAUUAAGUACAUCACAGGUGUAAGUGCCAUUGGUAUGAUGGAUGGUACCAUUGGUUUCACUCACAAUAUUACUUGUAAGGAUUAGAGGGAACACUUGAUGUUUAGGUCUGUUACAAGCUGAGAGGUGCUUGCCUAUUCUAAACUGGUAGGUAGUAAUAGCAUGUAAAUUUCUAAUCUCCAUUAGUGAUGGGGGUGAUCAUACAGUACUUAUGAUAGCACAUGGAAGAUACAUGCUUACGUUUCACAUGGGAGAAAAAUCCAGUGGCUUGCACAUAAACCUUUAUUUUUCCACAUAAAAGUUUUAAGCUCUUAUAUUUAUACAGAAAAACUUAGCAACAUAUGGUCACCAUCUAUGGAAAGAAUUGGUAAGAAGUUGACUUGAGCUGAGUGAGGGAAUACUGAGCAAAGAUGUUGGUGUCAAAGCUAGAAGCUUGAGCAACUUUCAGAAGCUUAAUAUUUCUCUACAAUUACCAUUUCUUGCCCCACAAGUCCAUCUCCUUUUCCCACUACAAAGGUAUUUAUUUGUUCAAAAAUAUUAUAUGUCUUAAUAUAAUAAAAAUAAGUGGCCUACAUAAAAACACAACAACACUCAAUAACAUUUCCUAGAAACAAAAUAAAAACAAAACACAAUUGCCUCUCGCAAAUAAAAUUGAAGAGUUUAGAAAACAGAGAAUUAAAAAUCAAGAGUCAGAACCCAAUAAGAAUCAGAAUUACAGUAAGGGAGGGCAGCUGAUUGAGCCAGCCCUAAAGAUAUUUAGCAGCAAAAUGCUUACUCAAAUGCAAUAUUGUGUUGAAAUUUUGGACUCUCCAUUAAAGUUUUAGAAACAAAAACACAUUUCUUUGUAAUCAGUGCUCUGCGGGAGUUCCCAGUUCUCCUUUUCAAUGAUCCCCAGAAGAAUCAGGACAGUCUUGAUGUGCGUCCACAAAUCUCCAAAGAUAAACAACACUAAGGGAGUAGAAACUGCUCUCCCCUCCUGAGUUGUCAAAGUCUCGCAUCUUAAGGAUUAAGUUGCUAAUUCUGAGGCUCUUCUUGUGCUUUUCUUGCCUGGCCAGUAUGUCACCAGUCUUCUUUGCUUCGCAGGCGGCUUCUGGCUCGGUAUAGACCAGGAGGGAGCUGAAGGCACAUUGUCCUGGGCUGGCAUAGUUUUCGGAAUCCUGGCCAGCCUCUGCGUCUCGCUCAAUGCGAUCUACACUAAAAAAGUGCUGCCUGCUGUGGAUAGCAGCAUCUGGCGCCUGACAUUCUAUAACAACAUCAAUGCCUGUAUCUUGUUCCUGCCGCUCAUGUUGUUCUCUGGUGAGUUCCAUACACUCUACUACUUUGAUAAAUUGGGGAGCCUCAACUUCUGGGGCAUGAUGACUCUGAGCGGGGUGUUCGGCUUUGCUAUCGGCUAUGUGACAGGACUUCAGAUCAAAUUUACCAGCCCGCUCACUCACAACGUCUCCGGGACCGCGAAAGCAUGUGCUCAGACCGUGCUAGCCGUUGGCUAUUACGAAGAAACCAAGAGCUUCCUAUGGUGGACUAGUAACAUGAUGGUUCUCGGGGGCUCCUUUGCUUACACCUGGGUGAAAGGACUGGAGAUGAAGAAGGUGCAGGAGGAACCUAUUCCCAAAGCAAACGAGAAAAAUGAGACUGGUGUCUAAACUUGCCCCAGGCUGUACCUUCACUGUCUGCACUUGUAGCCUGCGUGCAUAGAUGCAGUGGAGCUUGGCUGACAAGAGAGCCAGGGCUUGGAGUCCACAAGGCCGGGAAAUCCUGUGGCUGCAAAUAUGUGGGAGGUGGAAAUUGGCGGGCGAACCAGAUUCCUCCACAGAUACAGUUUGCUGUGGUAAUCGUGGUCAAGGGGGGAUUUUCACAAUUGGUUUUCUAUCACGGAGGUGACAAGGGUUGGUGGUGGGGCUGGGGAGCUCAGAUAAGGGAUUUGUGGUCAGUCAAGUCGCUCCUGAAAAAAUGGUUGUUAUCACUACUAGCUACUUGCCUUUGUGCGCCUUGCUUUUCCCUUGGUAAAAGGAAGGUGUGUGUGUGUUCUGUUAAAGGACCAAUGGAAGGAGACUUGAAAGAAAUUAAGAGUAGAGGGAUUCUGCCUAUGUUUGUCCCAAGGGGAGUGGGCUUUCUGUGAAGGUGCAUCUCUACAUUGUCUUCCCACACAAUGCAAUCUGGUGUGCUUGCUGAAGGACUAACCUCUUGGUCAUUAACCCCUUUUGCCCCCGUGGGGCAAAUCUAUACCAAGAAAUACGAGGGCCCCCUUCCGAUGGUGAGUGGAAAUAUCCCCAGAGACACCAAAGGGUAUGCAUUUGGGUUUAGUGAGGGUUGUGGAGGAUUUCGAACAGCGCCAUUUGUUCAUCAAGUUCAUUUCUAAGUGGAGUGUCAUUGGGCCUCAGGGCUGACUCACGAGAAGGGGAGUUGGGCCUAAGGAGUUUUGAAAAGUGGUGGUCUGGCCUUCCCACAAUUCCUUGAGAAAUUCCAUAUCUUAACUGAGUAGCGGUCAUGCUAGGCCCGACUCUUCUCCCCAGGAUCACUGAUAAAAGAAGGUAUGUCAGUGGCCGGCCUGACCUGCAUUUAAUGGGCUCUGAAGAAACUAAAAUGGCAGCAUGCCCACUGCUCUUCAGAGAGAUAGGAUUUAAUGAUACGUAUGCACUCCUUUACUGAGUGACCCUCCCAUGGGCUCCAAGAGCCCACGUCUCAUUGGAAUGUUUCACACAUUUGCCUUGUUGCCUUUUUCUCAUGUCUGUGCCCCCCCCCCCAAUCUUCUAUGAUUUUGUAUUGGGAAACGAAUCUUCCACUGUGGAACUUUGAUUGUUACAUUUAUUUAAUAAAAGUAUGGUUCACCAUU